ACGUCAGUUUACAGUUGGCGUCAGAGCUAACGUCAAGUGAUAGUAUUUUUGAUCUCGAACUUUACAUGAAUAUAAUCAAUUGAGGAGCGUGUGCCGGUAAAAUUUACAUACAACAGCAUUUGUAUCCUGCUCUUAUAUUGUACAGUUUAUAAAAAAUAAUAGUUUUAAUAGUACUCAUGGCCGGACUAGAAUCGAUGAUUGUUGAAGAUAAAACUCAACCCCAGAAAGCAGUUGACCGUGAGAAGACAUGCCCAUUGUUACUGCGAGUGUUUUGCUCAACCGGUCGGCAUCAUUCAGCCAGCGAGUACAAUCACGGAAAUGUUCCUUCCAAUGAACUGCAGAUUUAUACUUGGAUGGACGCCACGCUGCGGGAGCUGACAACUUUAGUCCGUGAUGUGAAUCCGGAAACUCGACGCAAAGGUACGUACUUUGAUUUCGCCAUAGUUUCACCUGAUCGCGGUUCUCAGUACCGAAUGCGUGAAAUCGGAGUUACCUGCUCCGGUCAAAAGGGUGCGGAUGAUGGAAAAACCCUGUUUCAUGCUAAGUUCAAUAUUGGAGAUUAUAUGGAUAUCAAUAUCACUCCACCAAAUCGUAUGCCGCCGCCGUUGAGACGGCCUCGUCAUUACUAGGGUCGGCAGAAACCCGAUUUUCGUUGGGCCGGAAGCUCGACGAUCGGGAGAAAUAAAUAACAAUGCAUUUAACACGAGAAAGUUUUUCGCGAGAGUGGAGUUUGUUUCAAUUCUUUUCUUUUAAUUAGAAAGUUUAAGUCGUACAAUUAUAAUAAAUACAAUCCUAAUGACGAAAAUAGCACCCUGACGUGAAUCGAA